AAUCUCUACCCAACAAUUAACAAAAAGCUGUCCAGGUUCAAGCCAAAUGUUCCACCACCCACAUUACAAACCAGCCUUUAUUUUUGCAGCAAGUAGUAUACUGGCUUAGCUUGUCACAGAUCAAGGUCAGCAGCUAUGGGAGAGGUUGAUCCAGCUUUCAUCCAAGAUCCUGAGCAUAGGCCGAAACUCUCCAUCAUCGAAGCUGAAGGCAUACCAUCGAUUGACCUCUCUCCAGUAACCUUGCAAGAUUUCAUUUCCUACCCCAAAUCCAUUGAAGGUGUUGUCAGAGAAAUAGGGAAUGCAUGCAAGGAGUGGGGGUUCUUCCAAGUGAUCAACCAUGGGGUGCCAUUGGAGAAGCUCCAAAGGAUUCAGGCUGCUGCUAGGAAGUUAUUUGCACAGCCUCUGGAGGAUAAGAGGAAGAUCAGGAGAGAUGAAAGAAACGCAUUGGGGUACUUUGACACCGAGAGCACCAAGAAUAUCCGAGACUGGAAGGAGGUGUUUGAUUUCUCAAUGGAAGACACUACUUUAGUCCCAGCUUCACCUGAUCCCGAGGACAAGGAAGAGGCAACAUGGACUAACCAAUGGCCUGAGUAUCCUCCAGAAUUAAGGGAAGCAUGUGAAGAAUAUACUCAGGAAGUAGAGAAGCUUGCUCUAAAGUUAUUAGGACUUAUAGCCAGGAGCCUAGGCUUGCCAGAAAACAGGUUCAACAGCUACUUCAAAGACCAAAGCACUCGUAUCAGACUCAAUCACUAUCCCCCUUGCCCUUCCCCUCAGUUAGCUCUUGGUGUUGGUCGCCACAAGGAUGGUGGUGCUUUAACCGUCCUAGCUCAAGAUGAGGUUGGUGGAUUGGAAGUGAAGAGAAAGACAGAUGGAGAGUGGAUUCGGGUUAAACCUACACCAAAUGCCUACAUCAUCAAUGUUGGUGAUAUUAUGCAGGUUUGGAGCAAUGAUAGAUAUGAGAGUGUUGAGCACAGGGUGAUGGUGGACUCAGACAAGGAAAGGUUUUCCAUUCCUUUCUUCUUCAAUCCAGCACACUACACACUAGUGAAGCCUGUGGAGGAGCUGAUCGAUGAACAAAACCCUGCCAAGUACAGGCCUUACAGCUGGGGAAAGUUUAUGACUCACAGAAGACUCAGUAAUUUCAAGAAGCUCGGUGUUGACAACAUCCAAAUAUAUGAUUUUAGGUUGUAAGAGUGAUAAUAAUGUUAUUUAAGCUUCCUGUACAUCACAUGCACUAUAUCAAAUCCAGCAAAUAAUGUCUUUAUGUAUAAGGUAGUAAGAAACUUUGGAAGCAUGGUCCGUUUCGUGUAUGGGAUUAGCAAUAAAAUUACAAAGACAUU